AUGUCCCUCCUGCAGUGUCCCCAGCAAUGUCCUCCGGCCGAUGCCGGCAUCUGUCAUCUGGGUUCCGUCCCCUGCGACGUCAGGACGUACGGGGACGGAACCGGCGGGAAAUUUGAAAAUGACAAAAAUAAAACAUUCCUGUAUCAAACCAUUUCACAUACAUUUUGUCCCGAGUGCUUUGUCCUGUGCCCUGCCUGCAUUUUUACUGUUCUUUCUGCCUGGAAACUGAGAAACGUCCAUGGCGUCCAAAAAGCGUCCCUUUAGGUCAAAAGCGGUUUUAGACCAGCUAGAGAACAGCGAUAGUAAAUCAGAACCACUUGCAGAAUUG